GCGAAGAAAGCCAAGGUGGAGGUCCACGAAGCUCCCCGCAGCAGCUCUGUCAUGGCGUCUGGGGAUUUUGCCGAGGAGUUGACCUGCCUGCUGUGCAACGAGCUCUUCAGGGACCCCGUCAUGGUCGAAUGCGGCCACAACUUCUGCCGUAACUGCAUCGACAAGGCCUGGGAGGGUCGCGAUGCCUUCACGUGCCCCGACUGCAAGGAGGAAAUCACCGAGAAGAGGUACACUACCAACCGAGCCCUGGCUAACCUGGUGAAGAAGACUACCGGUUCCUCUGUGCUGACUCCCGCCAAACCAGCGGAGAAGGAAAAGACCCGAUCCUUCGAGAACUGCCCUGAGCAUGACGAGAGGCUGAAGCUUUAUUGUAAGGAUGACGGGACCCUCAGCUGCGUCAUCUGUCGCGACUCCCUGAAACACGCCAGUCACAACUUCCUUCCCAUCCUGGACGCAGUGGGCGUGUACAGAACCGAGCUGUCUGCCAUAGUGUCUCCAUUAGAAGAAUCCCUGAAGGUGACUGAACAACUCACCAACCAGCAGAAUGAGAAGAUCGAACAACACAAGACCAACCUACAAGAAUUCCGGGACCACAUUGUGUCAGAGUUCGAGAAGCUGCACAAGUUCUUGAAGGAGCGAGAGGAGAAAUUGCUGGAGCAGCUCCAGGAACAGGGCGAGAGUCUGCUGAAGGAAAUGGAGAGCAACCUGGUGAAGAUGCAGGAGAACCGAGACAACAUCCAGCAGACCAUCGGAAUGGCCAAUGAUCGAAUGGACGACACAGACUCCAUUUCUUUCCUGACUGACAUCAAGUCGUUCAUUGACAAGUGCCAGGAGCAGCAGAAAGAUGUCACGUCCUCUGGGAAUACCCUUCUCUCUAAGGAGCUUUGCCAGGGCACCUUCAAGGGACCUAUUCAGUUCUCUUUGUGGAAGCAGAUGAAAUCCUUCGUUACUCCAUAUCUGACUCCCAUGUUGCUGGAUCCCAGCACGGCCCACCCCAAUCUGAUCCUGUCCGAUGGUCUGUCCAGCGUCAAGUAUGGUGACGUCAAGCUUCCUCUCCCCGACAAUCCGAAGCGUUUCAGUCAGUGUAUCCUCGUGCUCGGGUCUCAAGGCUUUGACUCGGGCCGCCAUUACUGGGAGGUGGAUGUGGGAGACAAGACCGCUUGGGACGUCGGCAUGGCCAGUGAGUCCAGCAACCGCAAGGGUAAGAUCAAGCUGAACCCCAAGAACGGCUACUGGGCCAUCUGGCUGAGGAACGGCAACUCCUACAAGGCCCUGGAGUCUCCAUCCAAAAACCUGACCCUCAACUCCAAACCGAAGCGAAUCGGCGUGUAUGUGGAUUACGAAGGAGGCCAGAUAUCCUUCUACAAUGCCGAUGACAUGACCGCCAUCUACACCUUCAGCGCCACCUUCACCGAGAAGCUGUACCCCUAUCUGUCUCCAUUCCUGCACGAGUCUGGGCGCAACGCCGAGCCCUUGCGUCUUGUUCAUGAGUAAUAUAAAAUGAGUU